AUGCUCGGAGACGAAUUCGGAACAGCUUCCAACAUCAAAAGCCGCGUAAAUCGUCAAUCCGUUUUAGGCGCAAUCACCUCCGCCCAGCAACGCCUCAAACUCUACAACAAAGUUCCUCCAAACGGCCUCGUUCUCUACACCGGAACCAUCGUCACCGACGACGGAAAAGAAAAAAAAGUCACCAUCGAUUUCGAACCCUUCCGCCCUAUCAACGCUUCCUUAUAUCUCUGCGAUAACAAAUUCCACACCGAAGCCCUAAACGAACUUCUAGAAUCCGAUGACAAAUUCGGAUUCAUCGUCAUGGAUGGAAACGGAACACUCUUCGGGACUUUAAGCGGGAAUACACGCGAAGUGCUCCACAAAUUCAGCGUCGAUUUACCCAAAAAACACGGGAGAGGAGGUCAAUCGGCGUUGAGAUUCGCUCGAUUACGAAUGGAGAAACGACAUAACUAUGUGAGGAAAACUGCUGAGCUGGCGACGCAGUUUUAUAUAAAUCCUUCGACUAGUCAACCGAAUGUUUCCGGGCUGAUACUUGCGGGAUCCGCGGACUUCAAAACGGAGCUUAGUCAAUCGGAUAUGUUUGACCCGCGGCUUCAAGCAAAGAUAUUGAAUGUUGUGGAUGUUUCUUAUGGAGGCGAAAACGGGUUCAAUCAAGCGAUUGAGUUGUCUGCUGAGAUUCUUGCGAAUGUUAAGUUUAUUCAGGAGAAACGGUUGAUUGGGAAGUAUUUUGAGGAGAUUAGUCAGGAUACUGGGAAGUAUGUGUUUGGGGUGGAUGAUACUUUGAAGACCCUUGAGAUGGGUGCUGUUGAUAUUCUCAUCGUUUGGGAGAAUCUUGAUAUCAACAGGUAUACUCUCAAGAAUACCACAACAGGUGAAGUAAUGAUAAAGCAUUUCAACAAAGAGCAGGAGAGUAAUCAAAAAAACUUCCGUGAUGCAACCACGAAUGUCGAAUUAGAAGUUCAAGACAAGAUGUCUUUACUCGAGUGGUUUGCUAAUGAAUAUAGAAAAUUCGGUUGCACACUUGAAUUUGGGAACCCUGUAACGCACCUGCACCGGGCGCGAGUUCUCGCAUGUGUUGACAUUCUUCUUGUUCACGGAACUCGCAUUGAGCUGUUGGAGAAAAGUUACGUAAUGGAAGAGGUGCUGACCCGGAUCCGGAUCCUGAUCCUGAUCCCAUUUGUCUCUGUGGAACCGCUAAAACUUAUUGGAGCUGGAAACGAAUUACAAAGCGUGAGGAUUGAGGAUAAAUCUGUGCAUCACCUUUUCAUGGGUAUCUGAAAGCUGUCUUUAUUUUACUUAUAAAAAGAAGCCUUGACUUCUUAAUGCCUUUGGCUAUAAUAAUUGUCAUCUGAGAGUAUAUGAUGAUAUGAUAUUCGAUAAUAAAUAAAUUCGCUAC